GUCACGUGACCGGUCUAACUUCCUGGUUGGCUCAGGUGAUCGUCUGAGCUGGCAGCUGGUAGCGUUUUUGUCCGUGUUUACUCCAGUAAUGUGGUGAUAAAACCUUUUCAACAACCCAAAAUGGAGCGGUAUGGAUCGGAGGGAGAGGGGGACGAGCAGGAGACCCCGCUGCUCCCCGGAGACAAAGAAAGACGAGUCCAAAGAGCCCCGGUGUGCUGCUCUGCCCGCUAUGGUCUGGCUCUGUUGUCUUCGUAUGGCUUUUUUGUGGUUUACUCUUUACGUGUGAACCUCAGUGUGGCGAUGGUGGACAUGCUCAACAACACCAACCGCCACACCAAUACUAACUCCACCUCCGUGUGCCCUGCGCAUUUUGACCCUCCACGACCCAAACGCAACCACACAGCCAGUGUUUACGACUGGGACUCUGAAACCCAGGGCUGGAUCCUCGGCUCCUUCUUUUAUGGGUACAUCCUGACCCAGAUCCCAGGAGGAUAUCUCGCAGGACGCCUUGGACCAAAGUGGCUCUUAGGCUUUGGUGUUUUGGGAACUGUCCUCUUUACACUGCUCACACCUGUAGCUGCUGACUGGGGAGCUGGCUACCUCAUUGCUGUGAGAGCAUUAGAGGGAGUAGGAGAGGGAGUAACCUUUCCUGCAAUGUAUACUAUGUGGGCAGCAUGGGCCCCACCUUUGGAGAGAAGUCGACUGCUCACUAUUUCAUAUAUUGGAGCCCAACUUGGAACAGUUGUAGCCCUUCCGCUGUCUGGUGAAAUCUGCUUUUAUUUGGACUGGACCUAUGUCUUUUAUUUGUUUGGGGCUGUUGGACUGCUGUGGUUUGUCUUGUGGGCAUUGCUUGUUUCAGAUAGUCCAAAUGAUCAUCCAAGGAUUUCAGAGCAAGAGAGACUGUACAUAAUCUCUUCACUCAAGAAUGAGCUGUCCACCUCCACAGACCACAUUCCCUGGAGAUCCAUACUGACGUCAGUGCCACUGUGGGCCAUUGUCGUGGCUCACUUUUCCUACAACUGGACAUUUUACACUCUCCUCACUCUGCUGCCAACUUACAUGAAAGAUGUUCUUGGAUUUAGUAUCCAACAGAACGGUAUUCUGUCAGCUCUGCCUUACAUGGGCUGUGCCAUAUUAGCCGUGCUCAGUGGGCAGUUUGCUGAUUACCUGAGAGAAACACACCACUGUCCAACUGUCAGGGUCCGGAAAGUAUUUUCACUUGUGGGCAUGAUUGGGCCGGCCAUUUUCCUGGUGGCAGCAGGAUAUACAGGCUGUAAUUACAUAUUGGCUGUGACGUUUCUGACAAUCUCUUCUUCAUUGGGAGGAGUGUCUGCAUCUGGCUUCAACAUCAACCAUCUGGACAUUGCUCCAUCGUUUGCUGGAAUUCUACUUGGAAUCACCAACACUUUUGCCACUAUUCCUGGAAUGGUUGGACCAGUUAUAGCAAGAUCACUUACUGCAAAUAACACCAUGGAGGAAUGGCAGACUGUCUUCUACAUCGCCGCUGCCAUCAACCUGUUUGGGGCAACGUUUUACACGGCAUUUGGUCAAGGUUCUGUUCAGCCGUGGGCAGUUAUGUCAACAUUUAACCAUGACGACUGAGAAAGGAAAUACCACAGUCUGCCCUAAUGGUAUUUUAUAUUGUGAAUAUCUGACGAGGAAAUAGCAGCUGAGAUAUUAAGGACUAAAAAGUUAGUAAGUGCAAGAGUGCUAGCGUGUUACUGGUUUCUGGGGAGUAUGUGUUGUCCUUGUCUUUACAGUAAGGAUGAAAACAUAAUAAGCUAUUUUAAAGUUGCUGUUUUUGUGCACACAAAUACUUGGCCUUUGAAUGAUUUUUUGUUUUGUUUUUUUUAUCGUUAAUUGUACUAUGAAAGAAGGAUAUGUAACUGCACUUAUUAUCAAUACUGUCGUUUAAACCAAUCACAUUGGCCUGUUCUCAAUUGGGAAUUCAAAAAUAUUCUGUAUGAAUCAGAUGUCAACACUACAAAAGGGAACCAAAUAAAAGAAGACUUGAGUCUGUGACCAAGAGCUUUUAUGCAGGAUUUUGCACCCUGUUUCAAUCCUCAGGAAUCAAGAAUAAACAUUAAUGAUUUAUUACAGUUGACAGGACACAAUUGUUACUUUUAAUCACAUCUUAAUAUUGUACCAGUGAGAUCCUGAUUGUAAAACCCUUUAUUCCAUAAAUCAUGGGUGGCAUUUAUAGAUUGUGCCUUGACAAAUGUCUAGUUUUGCCAGUUUAUUAAAUGACUUUUUAAAUAUUAUGUUUACAUGAUUUUACAGUGAUGGUGCCUCGCAGUUUUACUUCAGUCAUGUAGCCACUGUCCUAAAAACGAAUGAAAUGUUAAUGUAAA